AUUUUUUUUUUUUUUUUUUUUUUUUUUUUUUGCUUAUUCUAUCCCUACGACAAAUUGACAAAUCAGCUCCCUGGAAAGCCCGCUGCCUGAUUCCUACUUGUUAAGGUGCUUGCUUUUCAAAGAUGCCCUUUUGAUGUUUCUUAAAAUCCUCCCAAUUAAUAAUAGACCUAAUUCUAUACAGCAAUGAUCUUUUAUUUUGCAGUUCAUGGGCUUUUGGUCUGUUUGUUUGGAGAGAAAACAGUUAAAAGUCCCUGGUGAAUUUUUUUUCCUCUCCAACUUCAGCCCCUUUUCCCCCAUCAUAAUAAAGCCGAGGCCAGAGGGAAGUUAUGUCCAUUUCUGAGUUCCACAUAACCUGCUGAACAGAAUUAAUGGUUCUACAUUAAUGAUGCUAUUCUUCCACUUUUGCUGUGUCGCAUAUUUGCAGGUAAAAUGCCUUUUGCCCAUGCAAAGGAUUAGAAACACGUAACUAUUGCAACAUAACAGCUGCCGGCCGGUUUCCACACUCUCCCUUGAUGUCAGCAACUCCGGUGUUGACCAAGGACCCUUUUUCCAUUUUUUUUAAAGAAAAAACAGGAAGCGUCUUUUGUUGGUUUUCCUAAUUUUUAUUGUAUGUUUGCUAAACCAUUGCAGGAGAUGAAUACUACUAAGAAUUUCAAGCUGUAUAGACUCCUAUCCCCACUCUGUUCAGCUGAUCGUUAUGCUGACUUUGUGCUAGUCAACCAUGAAUAUAGUUUGUAAGCGUAGAAAACCCAGGCAACAUAACUACAAAGCUUUUAAGUCAAUAGUCAAAUCUCUUCCACUUCGAAAGUAAGUGUGAAUAUGACAAAGGGAUAGCCGCCAAAAUUGUCUUCAAAAUCACUGCCUUCUUUUUCCAAAGUAUUAAUUCCUCCCAGGUCAUCAAAAGCUGUUCAAUGACGAACCUAGUCUCCAUACACACCUACCUGAAUUAAACCCACUGAUCCCACUUGUAUUUGCCUUGAAAUAUCCCAUGCCCAACACAACAUUUCCAGGUAACCAAGUGUAAGAGAAGGAAAGCAAGCACCCAAGGAGACAUAGAAAGAGAGAGAGAGAGAGAGAGAGAGAUUGGAUUCAAACACCAUCGGAGAUAAAAAUGAGGGAGGCGCAAGAAAUAAGUUCAACGCCUAUUACACCGAGGCCAGCCACAACUGAGCCAACACCGCCAGUGUCUUGCCCACCCUCUCAGUUUCAUUCCCCAUCUUUGACUAGAUCACCACUUCUUCACACAGACAAUGAAGAAGCUCCUCAAAGCAAGACCCCAAAGACUUCAAGAACCCCAAGACUCUCACUCACUCCACGCUUCAUUACUCCACUGGGAAGUCCUAUGAGGAGGGUUCUUCGCCUCACAAAGCUUGAUCCUCAGGACGCUUGGCUUCCUAUCACUGAGUCGAGAAAUGGAAACGCCUAUUACGCCGCUUUCCAUACACUCUGCUCUGGCAUUGGAGCUCAAGCUCUUGUACUUCCUGUGGCCUUCACUAUCCUUGGAUGGACAUGGGGAAUAAUCAAUUUGACUUUGGCAUUCAUAUGGCAGCUAUACACCCUAUGGUUACUCGUCCAGCUCCACGAAUCAACAGAAACUGGGAUGCGCUACAGCAGAUACCUCCAACUCUUCAACGCAACCUUUGGUGAAAGGUUAGGGAAUUUGCUGGCUCUCUUCCCCAUCAUGUACCUCUCGGGUGGUACCUGCGUUGCCUUGAUCAUCAUCGGUGGUUCCACAUCAAAAACCUUCUACCAAAUUGUCUGUGGAGCCACAUGCACAAAAGUGCCGUUAACCACAGUGGAAUGGUACCUGGUGUUUACAUGUGCCGCAGUGUUACUUUCACAGCUGCCAAACUUGAAUUCCAUAGCAGGGGUGUCACUGAUCGGAGCCGUUACAGCAAUAGGGUACUGCACCUCAAUAUGGGUGGUGUCAGUGGCAGAGGGUAGGCUCCCAGGAGUGUCUUACAAUCCAGUUAAGGAAGGCACCGAUAUUGAACAUAUUUUUAGUGUACUCAACGCACUUGGGAUCAUUGCUUUUGCUUUCAGAGGCCACAAUCUUAUCCUCGAGAUUCAGGCCACGAUGCCUUCCAGCGAGAAGCACCCAUCUCGCGUGCCCAUGUGGAAAGGAGUAAAGUUUUCAUACACCAUCAUUGCUUUGGGCUUAUUUCCCCUUGCAAUUGGAGGCUACUGGGCUUAUGGCCACAUGAUACCUUCAAAUGGAGGAAUUCUGACAGCCUUGUACGCGUUCCAUUCGCAAGACGUGUCACAGUUUGUGUUGGGACUCACAAGUUUAUUCAUCAUAGUUAAUGCAGUGAGCUCUUUCCAAAUAUAUGGUAUGCCAAUGUUCGACUUCAUGGAGUCCAAAUACACUACUAGAAUGAAGAAGCCAUGCCCCUGGUGGCUCCGUUCCUUGUUCAGGGCCAUGUUCGGAUACGGGUGCUUCUUUGUAGCGGUGGCCAUUCCAUUCUUGGGAAGCUUGGCAGGGUUGAUAGGAGGAAUAGCACUGCCUGUGACAUUGGCUUAUCCAUGCUUCAUGUGGCUUAAGAUCAAGAAGCCCAAAACGUACAGCCCAACAUGGUGGCUCAACUGGGGACUAGGGAUGUUGGGCAUGGGUCUGAGUGGCGCACUAAUUGCAGCCGGGAUUUAUGUUGUGAUUGACACUGGCAUUGAAGCCAAAUUCUUCCACCCUGAAUAAGCCAACUGAAAAUCCAGAGGGAAGGAAGGGUUUCUUUCUUUUUCCUUUUUCUGCUAUAGUCAUGUCUUUGUUGUUGGGUUUACCCUGAAAAGUUAAAGAUCCUCAGGACGCUUGGCUUC